AGACUGGACUUUCGUCCAACGAGGCUAUUAAUAAAAGGAAAGCAAGUGGUUACAACGAAUUUGAAAUCGAAACCGGGGAAAAUCCUAUAAUCAAAUUUUUAAAGCAAUUUAUCGAGAACCCUCUUGUUCUUUUACUUCUUUGUUCUGCUGUAAUUUCUCUGAUAUUGGGGAAUCAAAAGGAUGCACUAUCGGUAUUCUUGGCGGUAGUCAUUGUUAUAACAGUCGGAUUUGUGCAAGAGUACCGCUCGGAAAAGUCAUUGGAGGCGUUAAAUAGAUUAGUUCCUCACCAUUGCCACUUAAUACGUGGUGGACAUUUGAUAGAAACUUCGGCUUCUGAAUUAGUGCCUGGAGAUUUGGUGCGAUUCCGCAUAGGAGACAGAAUCCCUGCUGAUGUCAGAUUAAUAUCGGCUGUAAAUUUGGAAAUUGAUGAAUCCAAUCUGACAGGUGAAACGAAGCCUCGAUGCAAAACUACGGAAGCGAUCUCUUCUGGAAACGAUUAUCUAGAGUUAACAAUUCAAGAAAGAAACAAUAUUGCUUUUAUGGGAACUCUUGUAAAAAACGGCCAUGGGUCGGGAAUCGUCGUUGGCACUGGAAACAAUACAGAAUAUGGUGUUGUAUUUGCUCUCGUCAAAGAG